AUGUGGGGAACCGCGCGGUACUACGUCCCCGCUCAACUUUCUCCACAAACGCGUUGCAAAGACGGGUUUCGGGUCCCCCUCUCAAACCACCCCCCACCUUGCCACCCCGCCUGCGAACACUGGUCACGGGAAGGCAGUUCCCACGUCAUUGAGCUGAAGGAAGAAGAUCCUGCUCUGCGGCGAGAGCUCCUCAUAGCUCGCUACGCCUCCAGCGACGACGACACCGUCAGCGGCGACAACAAGAUCGGUUCCAACGCACGCACGUGCGCCAUGGCCGACCAAUACGACAUUGCGUUCCUGAAAACCCUCUCCGAGUGCAUGGCUCCAGGCGCAGCUGGACGGCCUCACGGGUGA